AUGACAGGCCGCGUCCUACCCAAGGCCAGCAUCCUGGGCGGCCCCGACUUGCACGUCGAGGCUGGCUCGGCGCUGAACCUGACGUGCAGCAUCAGCGAGAGCCCGGAGGCGCCGGCCUUCGUCUUCUGGUAUCACCAGGGGCGCCUGAUCAACUUCGAGCGCGGCGGACGCGUCAGCGUGGCCAAGGGUCCCAACGGUACGGCCGUGUCUCGCCUCUUGCUGCCAGCCGUGGACGCCGCCGAUUCGGGCAACUACACUUGCAAGCCUGCCAACGCCAACGCCACCUGGGUGCUGGUGCACGUUCUCGAGAGCCACCGGCGACUGGCCGCCGUGCAGAACGACGCGGGCGGCAUGGCGCUCACGGCGGCCGCGACACCGCACUGCGCAGCCGCCUGCUCCCUGCUGCCGCUGCUCGUGUCGCUGCUCGUGCAGUGGCUGCUGGCAUGCGCCCACCGCUGCGCUUCCAGGUGA